AUGCCUUCCUUCAAGUCCGUCUUCCUCGCUUCUGCAUGCGCCGCUCUCGCUCUGGCAGCACCUGUCAGCGACAUCAAGAAGCGUAGCGAGACCAUCACUGGCAACCAAGUCGGUAACUAUGGUGGCUACUACUUCUCCAAUUACGUCGAGAAUGGUGCCGACACUUUGACUCUCGGAACCGGCACAUACAACCUCAAGUGGACCAGCGCCAACACCGACGUUGUCGCGGGUAUCGGUUGGCAGACUGGUGCCGCUCGCACCAUCAACUACUCUGGAUCCAUCAAUGCUGGUGGUGACAGUCUAAUUGCUCUCUACGGUUGGACCACCGGACCUCUUGUCGAGUACUAUGUCAUCGAGACCUACGGCACCUACAACCCCGGCAGCGCUGGAACCCAUUUGGGCACUGUCACUUCCGACGGUGGUGUCUAUGACAUCUACGAGACCACCCGCACCAACGCACCUUCGAUCCAGGGACCCGCCACCUUCCACCAGUACCUCUCUGUUCGCCAAAGCAAGCGUACCAGCGGUACCAUCACUUUCCAAAACCACAUCAACGCCUGGAAGUCUCACGGCCUGAACCUUGGUGCUUUCAACUACCAGAUUAUGGCCACCGAGGGCUACGAGAGCACUGGUUCCUCUUCAAUCACCAUCAAGUAG